CCUUGGACCAGACGAGUGAGCGUAGCGCUCUGCCCGGUGCCUGCCUGCUGGGCCCCCUCCAGUCCAAGUGCCCCAUUGUACAUCCCCCAGCGGGGAAGAGCGCUGCCGGAGGGAGAGACACCCAGGACAGGAGCCGAGAGGACAGGGAAUGCGGAGGCAGUGACCGGCAGAGCCGGCAGGCUCCCAGCCGGACAGCUCCUGAUAGACCAUGAACCAGUUGGGAUCUCUGAGCAGUGGCACCAGAUCGCCCAACGGCAGCAUGGGGCGCUCGGAUGGGAUGGCCAGGAUGAGCGCUAAGGACCUGUAUGAGCAAAGGAAGAAAUAUUCAAACUCCAAUGUCAUCAUGCAUGAGACGUCCCAGUAUCACGUCCAGCAUUUGGCCACAUUCAUGAUGGACAAGAGUGAGGCCAUCGUCACCGUGGAAGACGCCAUCCGCAAGCUGAUCCAGCUGAGCUCCAAGGACAAGAUUUGGACCCAAGAGAUGCUGCUACAAGUUAAUGACUCCUCCCUGAAACUGCUGGACUGUGAGUCCCAGGAGGAGCUGGAGCAUUUUCCCCUGGGUACGGUGCAGCACUGUCAGACGGUGCUGAACCAGCUUCGCUACCCCUCAGUGCUGCUACUGGUGUGUCAGGAUUCCGAGCAGCACAAGCCCGACGUGCAUUUCUUUUACUGCGAUGAGGUGGAGGCAGAGCUGGUGCAUGAAGACAUCGAGAGCGCCCUGGCAGACAGCAAGCUGGGGAAAAAGAUGCGGCCGCAGACGCUCAAGGGCCACCAGGAAAAGAUCCGGCAGCGCCAGUCCAUCCUUCCGCCACCGCAGGGCCCUGCCCCCAUCCCCUUCCACCAAGAUGCCGGGGGCCCCCCUCACAGCUCCAAGAAUCGUGUGGCCCCUCCGGUGUCCCCCAGUGUGCCAGAUUAUGGACGAAGAGACUCUGGCUCUCUGGAUGAGGAGCCCAGGGCUGUCCUGGCCCAGAAGAUCGAGAAGGAGACGCAAAUCCUCAACUGUGCCCUGGAUGACAUCGAGCUGUUUGUGGCCCGCCUGCAGAAGGCUGCAGAAGCCUUUCGGCAGCUCAACCAGAGGAAAAAGGGCAAGAAGAAUAGAAAGAAAGGGCCGGCAGAGGGGGUCCUGACCCUCAGGGCCAGGCCCCCCUCCGAGGCAGACUUUAUCGACUGCUUCCAGAAAAUGAAACUGGCCCUCAACCUCCUGGCCAAGCUGAGAAAGCACAUUCAGAACCCGAGUGCCGCAGAACUGGUUCACUUUCUCCUCGGGCCCCUGGAGCUGAUCAUGAACAGCUGUGGUGGCCCUGACAUUGCCCGCUCUGUGUCCAGCCCACUGCUGUCACGAGACACUGUGGAUUUCCUGAAGGGCCACCUGAUUCCCAAGGAGAUGGCACUCUGGGAGUCGCUGGGAGAGCUGUGGACCCGCUCUCGAGCCGAGUGGCCUCGAGAUGUGCACGUACCCCCCUACAUCCCAAAGUUCCACAACGGCUGGGAGCCCCCACUGGAUGUGCUGCAGGGGGCCCCCUGGGAAGUGGAAGGUGGGCCGCUGCCGGACACUGAGCUGAGCCCGGCCAACGGGUUCUCCUACCGCCAUUCCCUGAAGCAGAGCCCAGGCCCCGAGCCUGCAUCCCCCGGAGACGGCUUCCCACCAGGGGGCUCCCCCAACACUGACAGGAGACUUGAGCCAUCGGCCAUGGCCAAAUUUGCCAAAAUCCGUUAUGACUUCACGGCGCGUAAUGCCAACGAACUAUCUGUGCUGAAGGACGAAGUUCUGGAGGUGCUGGAAGACAACAAGCAGUGGUGGAAAUUGAGGAACCGCAGCGGCCAGGCUGGCUACGUGCCCUUCAACAUCUUGGACGUCAUCCAGCUGGAGGAUGCGUACCCACUCAGUGAGCAGGACAAUCAGAAAUACCGAGGAGACCUGAGUCCCCGGGGCCCAGGCUCCACCAGCCCCUUCCACAAGCUGCCUCCCAGCUAUACAGGGGACAGAGAUGCCAAAGAGCAACUCAUCCACCACAUGGAUGAGCUCAACCACGAGCUCGUCAAAAAGAUUGCCAACCCCAAAGGGCAGCCUCCACCGAGGAACUUCCGGGUGGAGAGGAGCAAGGCGGUGGUGGCCCCGCUGACCUACGGCUCCAGCGCCCAGGAGGUCCGAAUGUGGCUGGAAGCCAAGUCCUUCAGCCCAGGGAUCGUGGAGCACCUCGGCAUCCUGACAGGCGCCCAGGUCUUCUCCCUUAACAAGGAGGAGCUGAAGAAAGUGUGCGGGGAUGAGGGCGCCCGCGUCUACAGCCAGCUGACCGUGCAGAAGGGCCUCUUGGAGAAAAACCAGGGUGGGUCCGAGUUGGAGGAGCUUCUGAUAAAGUUCCAGAAGAAGACCAUGGAAGAGGGCCAGAGCUAGGCCUUUGUCUGGGCUGGGGAGGAAAGGGGGCUCCCUGGCCCAGCACUACCGUCCUGGGGGCUCUCCUCAGUAUUGUGUGAAGUGUUAUUUUAUAUCCCUACUCUUUUCUGGGGAGGGCGCCCCCACGUGGACACAGGGCAGCAUGGCGGCAGCAGGCCUGGCCCCCCUGCCCCCACUUGGCCCCCCUGCCCUGCUGCACCCAGGCCCGAUCUUUCCCUCCCUUUGGGCCCCCAGGGCCAGGACUCCCUCACUCUCGGGCCCUGGACAUCUCCAGCUGCUCCUGCGCGGCCCACCCAGAAGGGCUGACCUGGCCUCCAGAUAGCCCCCAGAGCCAGCCACAAGACUUUGGUCACAGACCCUUCCGCCCCAUCCCUCUCUUGAGUAGGCCUCCUGGCUCUCUGCACGUACACAGCCACUCACAUGUGGUGCAUCAGAGAGGAGACGUCCUGAGAGAGUCAGACUCAUCUCAGAGCUUGGCUGCCCUGCCUACCCCCACCCCCCAGCUCAGGUCCAGUGGGCAGCUGCUUCCACAUCGAGGAAGAGGCCGUCCUUGUCACGCUAGUCUGGCCCCUUGGGCCUCAAUGGAAUGUGUCAGUAACAGCCCCCAACUCUAGCCCAGCCCAGACCCUGAAUGUUCAGUGCCCCUCUGCUUGAGAGCCAACCGGGAGGUCUGGACCACCUCCUCAGCUCAGCCAGCCUCUGGCCUGGCUGCCAUGCCCUGAAGAGAGGGCGAAAGCAUGGCAUGGUGGAACCUGGGGCCCACCCCGACCCAUCUUGGCCAGCCCAGGUGCCCUCCUCAAGGUGAGGGGCCUGGACGGAGAGACCUGUGAGGUGCCUGGUACCGCCUUCCCUCUCUGCCAGGCUCUUCCUGGACAGUGGGGGAGGGGGAUUCACCCCCAGUCACUACCCCCCCGCCAGCCUCUUUCUGGACUAAAAGUUCCUGCUGUAGCUGAGGCCCACUCCUGCUGCCCCCAGCCUUGUGGGACUCUGGGAAGGCCAGGGACCCCCUCCAUGCUCGCCUGUUGGCCUUGGGGGUGAGGCCAGUGCCCACAAGGGCUUCUUUCUUUUCCUCAGGAGGCACUGGGCCAGCCAUGGGGAGGGUCCGGGCUCAGCAGGAGACCUGAGCAGCAAAGACUGGCUGCCGGGGUUUGUGGGGUGGUGCCUCAUCUGUCCUGAUACAUUAGUCCCAUUGCAAGUUCCUGACUCCAUCCCCCCCCACCUGGAGCCCAGGGACCAGGCAGGACUGUAUCCAGAAGCUCUGGCUCAGACAGCCUGGAAGAGGACCCAUUAUAGUCCACACCCUAACCCUAACCCUCUGUCUCCCAGGCAGAGAUCACAGGGCACAGGGCCCCCAUGGAAGAGUCAUUAAAAAUGCUGAUGUAUCUACUA